CCAUAUUGCAAAUGUCGGAACGUCAAAUCGGUGGGAUGGUCUAAAAAAUAAUUCCGAUGACACGUUUUAGUUGAUCAUUUUUAAUUUACAGCUGAUAAUCGCUUAUUAAGUUUCCGUUGUGUGUAGAAUAAAGUGACUUAUUAGAAAGCAUUAAACAGCAGUGUUACAUGUCAUCUGUCAAAGUUAAAUAGUUGUAUAGGAAACAGGUGAAAUUCACAAAUAGUAAAUAGGUAAUCAGUUUGUUACUUAAUGAAACAACCCGAAACAGUGUGACGGUGUGUUGGUGCAGUCAAUUAACAACACACGAAUUCCGGUUGUGUAAAUGUGCUGCGUCCGCUUAACAGAUUGUGAUUGUUAACCUGAUUUUGGUGUGUUGUUCAAUUUUACCCUAACUAAUAUGAACGCUUCAGAGCAUGGAUUUAACCCAGCCUUUAACAUGGCCACGAUCAAACAAGUCGUUAACGAGGCCAUCGAAAGAGUUCGAAUGCCGACACCAAUGCGCCUCAGGGAUCUAAUCAGACAGAUAAGGGCCGCGCGGACUGCUGCGGAAGAACGUAGUGUCGUCAAUAAAGAAUGUGCCUACAUCAGGUCCACAUUCAGGGAGGAAGACUCGGUGUGGAGAUGCAGGAACAUUGCCAAAUUAUUGUACAUACACAUGUUGGGUUAUCCUGCACAUUUUGGUCAAUUGGAAUGCCUCAAACUGAUAGCCAGUUCGAGGUUUACAGACAAGAGGAUUGGCUAUUUGGGAGCCAUGCUUUUAUUGGAUGAGAGACAAGAUGUACAUUUAUUAAUCACGAAUUGCCUAAAAAAUGAUUUAAAUUCGACGACGCAGUUCGUUGUGGGUUUGGCGCUGUGCACUCUGGGUGCGAUAGCAUCACCAGAAAUGGCGAGGGACCUCGCCGGCGAAGUGGAGAGGUUGAUGAAGUCGCCUAACGCGUACAUAAGAAAGAAAGCGGCUUUGUGCGCGUUCAGAAUUAUAAAACGAGUACCCGAACUUAUGGAGAUAUUUUUGCCCGCCACCAGGAGCUUUUUGUCUGAGAAAAAUCACGGAGUCUUAAUCACUGGUGUCACAUUAAUAACAGAAAUGUGUGAAAAUAGUCCAGAUACACUCAAUCAUUUUAAAAAGAUUGUGCCAAAUCUCGUACGAAUAUUAAAAAAUCUAAUAAUGGCGGGUUAUUCCCCGGAACACGACGUUUCAGGUGUCAGCGACCCAUUCUUGCAGGUGAAAAUAUUGAAAUUACUGAGAGUGUUAGGAAUAAACGAUGUAGACGCUUCAGAAGCCAUGAACGACAUUUUGGCUCAGGUUGCAACCAAUACUGAAACGAGCAAGAACGUCGGAAACACGAUCUUGUACGAAACUGUAUUAUCUAUCAUGGAUAUUAAAUCGGAAGGUGGAUUAAGAGUUUUGGCAGUGAACAUCCUGGGAAGAUUUUUGCUGAAUAACGACAAGAACAUUAGGUACGUGGCUCUCAACACGUUGCUGCGCACCGUUCACGUGGACACGACAGCUGUACAAAGACACCGCUCCACGAUUCUCGAGUGUCUCAAAGAUCCCGACGUUUCGAUUAGGAAAAGAGCGAUGGAAUUGUCGUUCGCUCUGGUCAAUUCGCAGAACAUUAGGACCAUGAUCAAGGAACUGUUGCAGUUUUUGGAGAAAGCCGACCCGGAAUUUAAGGCACAAUGCUCCUCAAAUAUUGUAUUUUCCGCCGAAAAAUAUUCACCCAACAAACGGUGGCACCUCGAUACUCUGUUGAAAGUUUUGGUUGCUGCCGGAAAUUAUUUGCGCGACGACGUGAUAACGUCCACGAUCCAACUUAUUUCGGAGAGCACGAGCCAACAAGCCUACAUGACUUUACAAUUGUACAAGGCGUUGUCAGAGGAUCUGAUGAAUCGGCAACCGUUGACGCAGGUGGCCGUUUGGGCCAUUGGAGAGUACGGUGAUCUGCUCCUGCAAGCAACUUUGGACGACGAUCCAUCUUACAAGCCGCCGACGGAGGAGGAAGUGCUCGAGUUGUACCAGAAAUUAUUGUGGUCUCCGCAGAACACUGUCACUACCAGGCAGUAUGCACUCAUGUCCCUCACCAAGCUUAGCACCAGAUUCACCAACACCGUCAAUAAAAUUCAACAGAUCAUCAGUUCGUUUUGUUCGAGUUUGCACAUAGAACUGCAACAGAGAGGAGUCGAAUACUCGCAGCUCUUCGGCAAAUACUCUCAUCUGCGGCCGGCCCUAUUGGAGAAGAUGCCUCCGAUGGAGGUGAUUAGACCGCAAAGUGAGGACAGCACCAACGGCGAUCUGGAAGGUGACACGCAAUCAGCAGACGACAGUCCGCAACAUGUGGUCAACAACGAGUCUAACGCUCUGUUGGAUUUGUUGGGUGAUUCUGAUGGACUGGACAUAAUAAAACCGUCAAAUCCUCCCGUCACAUCGACGCCACCCGUCUCCACAACCAACAAUCUCCUCGAUUUGCUCGGCCUCGAUCCGAUACCAACGAAACCGAUGACGGGAAGCGACACUCAUCUCGGCUUGAUAUUGGAAAACAACAACAGUAACGGUACCAAUCUUGUUCCGAUUACCAACAAUCAAAAUUCGAAUUUCCUCUCGGAAGAUUUGUUCACGACGAACAUUAUUAAUGAGAGAGAUUUACCCAGUGUGACGGCGUUCGAUAAAGACGGCCUGAAGAUUGUGUUCACGUUGGAGAAGGUGCCCGACGCGAAUAAUACGGUGACUGUGAAUGUGACUGCGACCAAUCACACAAUAUCAAACAUGACUGACUUUUUGUUCCAAGCAGCUGUUCCUAGAACAUUCCAAUUACAAAUGUUGUCACCAAGUGGCACCUCUAUGCCUCCAAGUGGUCAAGUUACGCAAGUACUAAGAAUAACAAAUCCAAGCAGAAAUGCGUUGAGGAUGCGAUUGCGAUUAUCAUAUUCGAUAGACGGAAAUCCAGUACAGGAGCAGACUGAAGUAAACAAUUUUCCAACAGAUAUCUGGGAAUGACAGAGAUCUAGAUGAAUUUCCUAUAUAUUUUUUUUCACGUUAUCGCAUAUUUAUAAAUAUGAAAAGACAAGUCUAUUUUUACUGUAGACUUCUCUAUAAGUGAAAUGUAAUAUUUUCUAUAUUUAGAUUUAGUUAUUUUUUAGUGAGACUACACACACUUGUAAAUAAUUAAUUUUUAUUAUUGUACUUAACUAUUAUUAUUAUUAUUAUUAAUCUAUUUUAUAAUUGUUAUAUAUUAUCAUAGACAAAGCACAAUGUCUAUGUGGAAUUAUUCUUAAAAUCAAAUAUCAUGAGCUGUUUAUAUUUUUUGAAUUCUAUUUAUUAUGAAAUUAGACAUAUUUCCCACUCUUUUUUAGUUAUUUGAUUUUAAGAUUUCAAUUGGUACAUCGUUAUUUUUGGUAUCAUGCGUCAAGUUAAUUUGUAAUGCUUGAUUUGUUAAUACCAUGUUAUUUCGUCCAUAAUAUUAAUUAGCAAAAUAAAAAGUAAUUAUUAA